UCUGAAGAACAUGACUUCUUUACAAUCCCUCUCGCAACGGCAACUGCGGCCCCUGGUUUAUCGGACUGUUAUCUCAUCACGGUCAUGGCCGAAGGCGGGAGACCUGAUUUCUUCCCGGGCGGAGCUGGGACUUUCCCAAGACAGCUACCCGACAAUUGCGUCGAGUACGUCUUGGUUAUUAUUGACAGCCAAAUCGAAAAUCGCAAACUCCUUUCAGAGCUUGAACACGUUCGCAAGCUGGCCCUACAGCUACGCGAUCGCCUGGCUGGAGACUACAUCUGGCAACGUGACGAGUUUCAGCUUCAGGUUACCAGCAAGAAUGGGCUGCACUACCUGCAGGGCACAACUAACUAUGGUGACUCCGUCGAGGACGAGUGGCUCAUAGUCUUCCUCCUCCGCGAAUUGACCAAGUCCAGGCCCGACCUGUGGGCACGUGUCGCGGACAGUGACGGCGAGUUUCUCCUCAUCGAAGCAGCCAAUGUGGUUCCAAGGUGGCUCAGUCCGGAGAUUGACGGCAACAGAGCUUGGAUUCACCAGGGCCACCUCAAAAUCAUUACGUCGGACGAAACCAAGUCGCCCAAGCGCCCUUUGUCCCUUGUGGAAGCAGUGCAAAUACUGCAGUACAGCCCCGAACUAGUCGAACAUCACUCUGUGGUCGAAGAGGAGGCGUUCUACCGCCUGGCAAAAUAUCCGCAACAAAUCACAUAUGCUAUACAUUUCUCUGUCGUAACUAUACCCCGAAAGCUGGCUCACUUAAUCCAUCUACGACCUUCAACCAUCGCGUCGGCUGUCGAAGCAUUCUAUACUCGCAACCCAGUCUCUCUCAAGCUAUUGGACUCAGACUCUGCUCAUUUGCACUUUCCACCAGAAGAUCUCGUUUCAGUGAGUGUAAAGUUCACCAAGGUGCUCUUUGCGCAGCUCAAAUCCCAGCAAUUUGCGCCGCCCGCUGCAUGGGCCAAGACGAUUCAAAUGGCCGAGGCCAAGGCCGAGCAGGCUGAAACUGCCAAACGAGAUCUGGAUCGGUUGGAGACUGGCAUGAAGUUGACCAGUGGCUAUGAGAUCCUCGCCAGCUCUGCAACCUCAAAAGACAGUCGUUUGGUACGAGAGUUUGCAAUUCUUCUUGAUGACCUGGAGACAGACAUGCAGCAAGAUGGAAUUGGUAUACUCCCUUCGAAUGAAACAAUGCUAUCUUGGCCUCAUGGAGGCCGCGAUGACGAUGAAUCAUGGCUGGACAUUAACUUCGAGGACUUUGAGCAUGAACUGGAUGGCAAAAAGCGGCAGCAUGGCGGCGACAAGAGCGGCUUUGGCAGUGCUACGGCCCAUGCGGACUUGCAAAAGAUUGUGUCUCGCUUCGAGUCGUUUCUCAACGACGAGAGUGCCGGCAUCGAGGGUGCCCAAGUUGAAGAUAUGGAUGAAGAUGACGAUGAAUUGUCCGACAGUCAGGAAAGCGACACUGAAACUGAUGAUAUAGGAGUGCAGCUGGACGAGGCGAGAUUCGCAAGCAUGAUGAGGGACAUGAUGGGGAUCUCGACUGGCGUCGUCCAUCAAGAACACGCACCCGAAAACCUGUCCUCCAGGCGCAGGCAAAGCGUCGGAUCGGACGAUCUCGACGACAUGGAGAUACAAGAGCUUUCAGCCCAGAUGCAGGCCGAGCUCGACGGGCACGGUGCUCUCAGACUGGAUCACGGAUCACCAGAAGUGAAGAUGUUGGAGAGAGGAAUGAAGCAGGGAGGCGACCAAGACGACGACAGUCGGAGCAGCGACGACGAAGCGUUAGAUAUUGACUACAAUCUAGCCAAGAAUCUGCUUGAGAGCUUCAAGAGCCAAGCAGGGCUUGCUGGGCCAGCCGGGAACAUACUGGGGAUGAUGGGGAUGCAGCUACCCCGAGACGAGCAAGAGCACGAGCAUCAAAGUCAGACAGAGUAACGAGGGCCGCAAAGGAAUGGCAGCCAAUUAUUUCAGA